GGGACACACUGUCCCAAGUGCCAAAACGGUAGGCUGCCUCUCCCUUUCCAGCUGUGCUUUCUCGACGGUGCGUGUUUGAUCCUUCCAAAUCUACGUCCCACAUCAUCAGAUUCCCUUCCAGUAUCGGACGCUUUUGAGAGUCAAAGUGCCAAUCACCAGCUUCACCACUAACACCCUCGCUUGAUUCAAGUCUUCUGCCUUUUCCUCAUCAAUUACCUUCCGUCAUCCAUCGUUAUCCAUCCUACGGCUUGUUUGCAACCACGAAAACACUCCCACUUCUGACUGAGGAUAUCACCUUCGUCUGUCAGAGGUACGGGUCCCAAAUUCUCAUCCCUGCGACCAUGGCAGUGGCCUCUGCUUUCACUUCGAUCAAGUCCGGAGGAAUCCCCGGCCUCUUCUUCCUCGUUGGCCUUCUCUUUACGUGCGCGUGCCGGUCGUUACGUGCGCAGCAGCUCCCGGGCACUUGGGAGGUGGUGCUGGAGGACGCGGGAAUCGCUUCCAUGCACACUGCCGUGACCCGGUUCGGUACCGUGGUCCUCCUCGAUCGCACCGGCAUCGGGGCCUCCCGCCUACGCCUCCCUCGCAGCCGCUGCCGCAUUGACCCCGGCGACAGCCUCCUCCCCCCAGGCGGCAAGGACUGCUCAGCUCAUUCUGCCCUCCUCGAUCCCUCCUCCCGCCGCCUCCGCCCCCUCUCCGUCCUCACCGACACCUGGUGCUCUUCCGGUCAGUUCCUCCCCAAUGGCACCCUCCUCCAGUCCGGCGGCGACCUCGACGGCCUCCGCAAGCUCCGCGCCUUCUCCCCCUGCCCCUUGGCCGGCUCCUGCGACUGGUUGGAGCUCGACUCACCGCUCCUCGCCGACGGUCGAUGGUACGCCACCAACCAGAUCUUACCCGACGGCUCUGUCGUCAUCGUCGGCGGCCGCGCCGCCCCCUCUGUCGAGUUCUACCCGCCGUCCCGCCCCCUCCGCAAUUUCCCCUUCCUCGCCACAGCCGAGGACGCCCAGAUGGACAACCUAUAUCCCUUCGUCCACCUCCUCCCCGACGGCCGCCUCUUCGUCUUUGCUAACGCCCGCUCCAUCCUGUACGACGUCGACUCGGGCGACGUCGUCCGCGAGUACCCGGAGCUCGACGGUGGACCCCGGAACUACCCGUCCGGUGGCUCCUCCACUAUGCUCCGUCUCGAUCCGGCCGACGGCUACACGAGGGCCGAGGUGGUAGUCUGCGGUGGGGCUCAGUACGGGGUCUUCCUCCACCGACAGACCGACAUGCCUGCCGCCACAACCUGCGGCCGGAUCUCGGCGACAGACCCGGACGGGGCCUGGGCCGUGGAGGAGAUGCCGUUCCCGAGGGUCAUGGGCGACAUGGUGAUGCUCCCAACGGGAGAGGUGCUCAUCAUCAACGGCGCGCAGGCAGGGUCGCAGGGCUACGAGAUGGGCUCCAACCCGUGCCUGAACCCCGUGCUGUACCGGCCCGACCAACCCGCCGGCCUGCGGUUCAUGAUGCUGACUCCGACAACCAUCCCUCGGAUGUACCACUCCACUGCCAACCUCCUUCCGGACGGCCGCGUCCUCGUGGCCGGGAGCAACCCGCACUACUUCUACCGCUUCGCAGGGGACUUCCCUACGGAGCUCCGUGUCGAAGCCUUUUCGCCCGAGUACCUGGCGGCAGACAAGGCCAGUCUCCGGCCGGUAAUCAAGGCGGCUCCGGAGAGGGUCUGGUACGGGGACGAGUUCGUGAUGGAGGUGGAGGUGCCGCUGCCGCUGGUGGGACUGAUGGAGGUGAACCUGCUGAGCGCGCCAUUCGCCACGCAUUCCUUCUCGCAGGGGCAGAGGAUGGUGAAGCUGGCCGUUUCACCGGCGGUGACGGUGGCGGACGGCGGGGGGGACGGGACGCCCUACAGCUACAGGUUUGGGUGCAAGGCGCCGCCGGACGGGAGGGUGGCGCCGCCGGGGUACUACAUGGCGUUCGCGGUGAACCAGAUGGUGCCAAGUGUGGCUCGCUGGGUCCAGCUGGUGCUUUAAGAAAGUUGCCAUGAAAAGAAUGCUUAUACAGACGAGACUGCAACCUCUUUUCUCCUCGUAAUUAAUUAUGGUCAAAUAGUAGAAUAGUUAAAUGACUUUACUGAACGCCUUUUGUGGUCCUGUAACUAAAGCUUCUGCAGAGUAAAUAUGGAUUCGAUAUAUUGUCCCGAA